AUGUUUUCCAAGUCUCUGAUCUCCGUGCUUCUCGGCGCAACCCUUGCGCUGGCUACUCUUGACCCAGCAACCUCCAACACCAAGGGCAAAUGUCCUGGUACUUACAACUGCUCCGCCGCGGAAUGCUCUCACAACACGCGGACAUCUACAACACAAACCUUUGCGGUCUUCGUCACCGACCACCAAUAUGACUCCGCCCAUGGAGCUCCCUACGCAACCUGCAAGGCGUACACCUGCACCGCGCCCACUGAUUCGCAAAUGACCGAUGUCGACGAGGAUUGCUGGACAUUCUUCUGGAAUGACAAUGGAGAGUCUUCCGGCGUCGGCACCGGUUGCAUUAAGAGCCCCGAUGACGGUACCUGUGGCUGCGAGAACUCCGACGGAACUUUUGUUUAUGGUGGAACCAAUUGCUCUUAG